AUGCAUCACCUAUCCAGCUUCCAUGACACCCCCAGCCUCGACGACGUCGUGCAACAGGCGGUGCAGCACCACAGCAGCAGCGGCGGUGGCGGCGCCAGCACCUCAACGCCACCUUCUUCCGCGCUGCACGCCGCUCUUACACAGCUCACGGAUUCGAAUUCUUCGCUUUCUAGUGAGCUCACCCGCACCCCCACGGUGCAGGCGCUGCACAAAUUCUGCCGCACUUUUGUAGAACGCUACCACACCCCAGACACGUUGUUGCUGGACACCGCGUGGUGGGCGAGCGAGGCGGCACGGCUGCGCGGAGGCGAAGCGUCGAGCUCAAAUCGACCUCCUCAACUGCCGCUCUCGGCCACACUCACUACGGCCGAGCGAGAGGAAUUGCUGCUUCGCACGGUACGCCUUCUUCGCGCUACGCACCAAAGCAAAAAACCCACGGAGGUGUACGGCGGCGGCAACACCGUUGCAGCUGGGGGCGCGCGGCACUUGGACAUCACGGCCGGCGGCUCGUUGUCUUCACACCCGCCGCACCACGACGUGGGGGGUGACGUGAACGUGCUGCAGUUUGACGACCCGCCGCUGAUGAAUGAACAGGAGGGCAACUGGGAGAGUGUGGAGCUGGGCGGCGGCACCGACCUGCAGCGCAGCGGUGGGAUGCAGGGAAGAGUGAGUCAAGAGGGGGAGUGCCUGCACGUGCUGGAGACGUGGAUUGAGGACAUGUUAAACGGCGAUGGCAAGGCCGAAGAUGCCAAGGAACACUUGGAAGCGUCCCGUCUGGAGAGUCUCGAGUAUUUGCUACACCACCGUCCGGAGCUGGUGACGCGGCAUGCGGAACUCUUUACGCUGCAGCACCUCGUGGCUGUCAGCACGUGCAGUAACCCGUCCGGACAUUGGGCAGCGACCGCCUUCACGUUUUUCCAGGCCCUACCGGCUCGUGCCCAACUCGAUUUUCUGCACCACGUAAUCGAAAAUCUGCGAGAUGGACGGCCGCGAACGGAAGACAGCGAUGUACUUCUUAUGACUUUUGUGCAGCAGCUGUUGCACGAAUUCCCAGAAAACUGGCUGCCGCUGCUCGAUAGUGAAGUUACAGGUGUCUUCCUCGGUGUGGUGUCGUGCGUUGUCGUCCCUUUUGCUGCCGUGCUCGGUCAGGUGGAUGCGGAGGCGGUUUGGCUUGCGCAGUGGUGCAUGCGGCCGUCCUUCAUGUUAGCCAGCGACGCCCUCAUCGAUACGCAUCCGCUGGUCGUGCGAGAGCUUUUGACGGAGGUUGCGUCCUCGUCGCAUGCGGUGUGCGUGCUGCUGCACCUCCUCCCUGCCAUGUGUCGACGAUCAGACGGCGGCGACGGUGGUGCACCUGCUGCUCUGACGCCCGCGGGCGGUGAAGCAACGGAGGCGAAAGAACACGAAGCACACGAGCCAUCAUGGGCCGCUCCGUUUCACGCUCUUCAGCAUUUGUUGAGCGAGAGUCCCCCAAGAUUUACCCGUGCUGUGUAUGAACUUGGUAGCCGCACGCUGUGCGCCUGUGCGACGCAGCUUCCACCUCAGGCAAAAGAGCGCUGCAUUACCGACCUCACGGACGUGCUGUUGCAGUGGCCGUCACAGGGAAAAGAAGAUGCAGUAUCGGCAGCAACAGCGGCGGCAGAAGCACCUUUUCUUUUUUCAUUCCGGCUCUACACUGAGUUGUUGUGUGAGACGAGCGAAGCGGAGCCGUGGUGCCCAGAUUCGGUGUGGGGUUCGCUCGAUGUACCGAUGCGCACACAGAUGCAACUCGCUGCAACUGCAGCCGCCGCCGACUCCGCUCUGCAUCCACGUAACGCAGCAGAGCCGUCCGCCUUCGCCAGCGAGACGUUGGAGGCGUUGCAGCACUGCUGGUCGCGAAUUCUGUGUUGCCGCGCGAGCAAACUGCCGCACGCUCUCGCAGCACUGGUCGAGGACGUUGCGGCGUCGUGUGCAGACGUGCCUGAUAGCCCUACUCGACUGUUUACAUGGAACACACUCAUCGCCGUGUCGUCCACACUUUGCGGGUGGUCGGCCCUGCAGCCGCACCUGCCGCGACUGGCGCGUGGUCUCUCCUCCUGCUCCUCUGCGGGACGAUGGGCGCCUUUACUGCAGGCAAUCCUGGAGGUUUCUGGCAGUGUCGCGCUCGCCUCGGUCACGCCUAUUUCACGUACGCAUAGUCGCACCCCGUCGAGUUCGCGGAAGUCUUCCGCGUCACGAAGCCCUCGAACGCCAGCGUACCGCCACGUCGACUUCUUGUCUCCGCGCUGCGUCGCUCUUCUCCUUCGCUGGUGCACCUUUGCGGAGGCGCGUGCCGGCCUCGUCGUUGCGUCUCGUGAGGCGGCUCUUUAUUUCUACCACUGCACUCAGCGCCCCGACGCAAAGGGCAGCCGCAAGAAGAGCAAAACGCCCACGCCACGCUCCACAAAGCAGUGGCCGCUGUUGUGGCCGGUGGAGGCCUAUCCGCAGAGCGGCCACACAGACCUGUCCUGCAACGAGGACACGACGGCGAGUGCGCAUCAUGUGCGAUCGCUCGCAUGCUACGAGUCCCUCGCUCUUUUCCUCGCCUGCACCGCGCUGCCUGUUGUACAGAGGGCGCCGUCCGUCGCUGAUGACGCUGAGAACGACGCAGAAGCACUGGUGGGUGUUUGGCAGCAGCUCGAGGACCUGUGGCUCGCUCCUGCGCUGCUCCUCCACGAGGGAGAAGUACCGCCGCGUACGACGGCGUUGUCGACUCCCCCUCUCGCCACAGGUCUCGUGAACUAUCCUCCCUUUGCGGAGGACUCACUCCUCACGCUGCUCUGCGCGCUGGCGCUGUGCAUUCUCAUCCGUCCCUCCGCGGAGUACGAGGCGUGGCUGAGUCCUGGUGUGGCGCAGCAACGCCUGCGUCCACUGCGGCGUCUCUGUGUGGCGCGGCGUGGCGUCGAUCCGGUGUACUUCAUGGUACGCUACAUCACAUCUGGCAAGGGUCGGAAGCGGCUGCCUGCGAUUUUGCUGGAUGGGUGUGAGGCGGAGCUAACGGUGGAGACGGUGAUUGACGUGAGUGAUUUCACGGAAGGCGAAGAUCUGCCGGGGGGUGAGGUGGCGCUGUCCGUGUCUGAGGACGCCGUCAACGAGCUGUUAACGGCAUCCUUUCUCGCAGUGAAGUCGAUGGCGAAGAACUCACCCACUCAAAACGACUGUGCAGGUGCAGACGGCCGAAGCGGCAGCAGUGGGGAGAAGGAUCUGCUGUUAUGGCCGUCGGAAGUGAUGACACUCGCCCGAACGCUGCUGGGACAUAAACAUGCGCUUCGUACAACACCGACUGCACUGCAGCAGCUUCUCGCGUCUCGUACUGUCAGUGAAUGGACGGAGUUCAUGCAACACGAUGAACGCGCUCUCGCACUGAGUAAAGUUCUUGGGACUUCUCAUCCCGCCGUCUUAGCCAUUUUGCGCGGCGCCCAUGUGGACGUGGUGUAUCUGGCUUCGCUCUGUGUGGCGGGCUGGCUGUGGCCGCCGGCGACGCACCUAACGUCAGCGCGUCGAAAGCUGUGCUGGGCUGCACUCCAGUACUUCUCGCAUCAUGGCAUAGCCGCGUACGACGGCUACGUUGCGCGAAAUCUUGCCGCGCACGUGGAGCGUGUGUACCACGAGAAUCUGUCAGGUGUAAGUGAGGCAGUCAUUUUCCCGCAGUCGCGCGCCUUACCCCUGCCCUCGUCUCUCUUUGUAUUGCUGCUUGUGAGGCCUUUCACGCUGGCCGUCGCGUGA